AUAUAUUGACAUAUCUAUACAUACAUAUAUAAGGAUUCUAACUCUUCAAUUCUCUGAAUCAAAUUUAUUCAAGAGAGUGAAAUGGUGGACAACAACAUUGGAGGAAGUUCUUUUGAUAACGAAAAUGGUGGCAUUAAGGAGCAAGAUCGGUUGUUACCAAUAGCAAAUGUUGGGAGGAUAAUGAAGCAGAUAUUACCACAGAAUGCAAAGAUCUCAAAGGAAUCAAAAGAAACAAUGCAAGAGUGUGUUUCAGAGUUCAUAAGCUUUGUGACAAGUGAGGCAUCAGAGAAAUGCAGGAAGGAAAGAAGAAAGACAGUGAAUGGUGAUGAUAUCUGUUGGGCUUUAGCUACACUUGGGUUUGAUGAUUAUGCUGAACCAAUGAGAAGGUAUUUGCAUAGAUAUAGAGAAUUAGAGGUUGAUAGAACACCAACCUCUAAUAAUAUUGUUCAAGAUAGAGGAAAUUAAUUCAACUUGGUGUGGUAGAACUAAAAAUUAGUUGUUUUGUUUGUUGUUAAUUACUAGUACAUCUUAAUCUUACUUAAUCUUAAUUACAUGUACCUUUGGUUUAUGCAAUCAGCAUGUUUGAGUUGAUUUGUUAAACUUGAGAUCCCUUAAUGACUUGUCUUUUUUUAUGAAAUGAAAGUGUUGAACCU